AUGGACGAAUGGAUUCAGCUAUUCUGUAAAGCUACAUCAUCCAAAGUCAACACUGACAAAUGUGUGAUCAUGUCACCUGGCAGUCCAACCAAUUUACCGUACCCACUGAUGGACAAGGAAAGCAAAGAACGUUACCUCGGCUACUACUUUAACCAGUUUGGUUUGGUACCACACCUUCCAGAGCGUAUUGACAAGGUAAUCAACGAUUUGAUUAGAUGGAAACCUAAACACAACAACAACUAUAGAGGUAAAUUAGCUUUGCUCAAAACAUAUGGUCUGUCACAAUUAAAUUAUUUCACGUACCUUGAAUCACCUAGUCACGAGGCAAUCACCAGAUUGGAAAAGGUUAUUGAUUGGUUCAUGUUCAGCAACGACCGUCAGUACGACCCAACCAAGCCAACCAAAAGAACCAUGUCCAAGAAACGCUCCAUACGAUCGAUCGACCAAGGUGGUCUCAACCUCUGGGACCUCAACGCUAGAUUCCGUGCCCAAAAGGCAUGGAUGUUCGAAAGGUUCCUCCACGAGGUAAAGAACGACCGAGUUGCAAAGGUUUCCUUUGCCCAAUCAUGGAUGGACCAACUCAACCAAGACAAACCAAACGAUUUUGUCCGCCUCUGCCGCAGCGAGUGGGAAAAGCUUACCCAACCCUACGACGUCAGCAGAGAGGCUGUACCCAAGCCAGCAAUGGAACCAGACAAAAGAGGAAGAGUACCUCUCAAACAAGUGUACCUCCAAAGGCUGACCAUAGCCAACGAAAAGUGGAACGUGUACGACCCGACCCCAGGCCAAAAGAUCUUAGCAACCGAUGACAGAGUGUAUCCAAUGAAUGCACUAGCUGCUCUAUCUACCAUCGUACUACCAAAGGGUCGAGAUCUGGUUUGGAAAUACGUAACCAAAUGUCUCCCGCUCGUCAGGGGUGACCCAGUCGCCUCCACCUGUGUGACGUGUGGCAAAGAUGAAUCCUCCAAGCAUUUGUUCUUCCAAUGCAAGGAGACCACGCUGCCAGUGAAGAUACUGAAAGAGGUUACUGCUGCCAACAACAUUCCACCACCAGUCUGGGACAUCACCCUCCUCAACCUCAAACAAACUCCAAUGACUAUAAACUUGGUCGCUGCAACACUAGAACGAAUAUGGUUCCGACGUAAUGAUCUACGUCACCAAAGAGAUGAACCAUUCACUGAACAAUACCUGCGAGCUAGAUUGAUAAGUGAUAUGCGACAUAUUAUAAAAAGAGGUACAAGACUCUGCGUACUCUUCAUCUAUAAUCGUUCACCCUCAGCUUCAUUCCUCUCAUCCUCUUCACCACCGCCAUCCUCUUCUAUUCUCUCUACAACUAUCAAUAAUAAUAUUAAUAAUAUAAUAAUUCACUAA